AUGCCCGGCGCCGCCGCGGGGGCGGGUGGGCUUGGAGUGAACGCCCCGCGCGGGGCUCCGCACCUGUCGGGGGGCGUCAUCCACUGCAGGUGUGCCAAGUGUUUCUGUUACCCUACAAAGCGGAGAAUAAGGAGGAGACCCCGAAACCUAACCAUCCUGAGCCUCCCUGAAGAUGUGCUCUUUCAUAUCCUGAAAUGGCUCUCUGUCGGGGACAUCCUCGCUGUCCGAGCUGUGCAUUCUCACCUGAAGAACCUGGUGGACAGCCACGCCAGUGUGUGGGCGUGUGCCAGCUUCCAGGAGCUGUGGCCUUCUCCAAAGAACCUGAAGCUCUUUGAAAGGGCUGCCGAAAAGGGAAAUUUUGAAGCCGCUGUGAAGCUGGGGAUAGCCUACCUCUACAACGAAGGCCUUUCUGUGUCUGACGAAGCCCGUGCGGAAGUGAACGGCCUGAAGGCCUCUCGCUUCUUCAGUCUCGCCGAGCAACUGAAUGCGGGCAGCACGCCCUUCAUCUGGCUCUUCAUCCGCCCUCCGUGGUCGGUGUCUGGAAGCUGCUGCAAGGCUGUGGUUCACGAGAGCCUCAGGGCAGAGUGCCAGCUGCAGGGAGUGAGUCCCGGCGAGGAACACGCAUGGGGCCCGCAUGCCGGGCGGUCCGAGCCGCACAGGACUCACAGAGCAUCCAUACUGCACUGCCUGGGGAGAGUGCUGAGUCUCUUCGAGGAUGCAGAGCGGAAGCAGCAGGCCCGGGACCUGUUUGAAGAGUCUGCUCGCCAGGGCUGUCUGGCCAGCUCGUACCUCCUGUGGGAACGUGACAGGAGGACGGACAUGUCCGAUCCUGGACGAUGCCUCCACAGCUUCCGGAAACUCAGGGACUACGCUGCCAAAGGCUGCUGGGAAGCACAGCAGAGGGUCGUGAGAAAUGACCCCAUGGGUGAGCUGCUCCUCGGGGAGAAUGUGGGUUUGCAGGAGGGCCACAGGUACAUCCUGAUUGACUGGCUGGUGGAGGUCGCCACCAUGAAGGACUUCACGAGCCUGUGCCUGCACCUGACUGUGGAGUGCGUGGACCGGUACCUGCGGAGGAGGCUCGUGCCUCGGUACAGGCUCCAGCUGCUGGGCAUCGCCUGCAUGGUCAUCUGCACCCGGUUCAUCAGCAGAGAGAUCCUGACAAUCCGAGAGGCAGUUUGGCUCACGGACAACACCUACAAGUAUGAAGACCUGGUGAGGAUGAUGGGAGAGAUCAUCUCUGCCCUGGAAGGGAGGAUUCGAGUCCCCACUGUGGUUGAUUACAAGGACGUCCUGCUGACGCUGGUCCCUGAGGCCCCAAGAACCCAGCAUCUGUGUGGCUUCCUGUGUGAGCUGUCCCUGCUGCACACCAGCCUGGCCGCCUAUGCUCCGGCCUGUUUGGCCGCGGCCGCUCUGCUGCUCGCGCGGCUGACCCACGGACAGACACAGCCCUGGACCACAAGGUUGUGGGACAUCACCGGAUUCUCUUGUGAAGACCUCAUACCCUGUGUCUUGAGCCUUCAUCAGAAGUGCUUCCACGACGACGCCCCCAAGGACUACAGGCAAGUCUCUCUGACCGCCGUGAAGCAGCGAUUCGAGGACAAGCGCUACGAAGAGAUCAGCCGGGAAGAGGUGCUGAGCUACGGGCAGCUGUGCGCAGCUCUGGGCGUGAAGCAAGGCAGCCCGGAGCCCACGUCCUUCCUCAGCGCGGGGGACAUUCACGCCUUCCUCAGCUCUCCGUCGGGAAGAAGAACCAAGCGGAAGCGGGAGAACAGCCUCCAGGAGGACAGGGGCAGCUUCGUCACCACGCCCACCGCGGAGCUGUCCAGCCAGGAGGAGGUGCUGCUGGGCAGCUUCCUGGACUGGAGCCUGGACUACUGCUCGGGCUACGAGGGUGACCAGGAGAGCGAGGGCGAGAAGGACGGUGACGUGACAGCACCCAGCGGCAUCCUCGACGUCACCGUGGUCUAUCUAAACCCAGAACAGCACUGCUGCCAGGAAUCAAGCGACGAGGAGGCCUGCCCGGAGGCCGGUGGUCGCCAGGAUGUGCGCGCCUACGUACCAGGCACCCAGACACCUCCGAGCCCGGGGCCCCAGCCUCUGCUCCACGGCAGGAGGGAGCCAGGCAAGGACAGUGUGACCUCGGGGUACUCCUCCAUCUGCAGCGCGAGUCCCACAGACUCGGUGGACGGGGUCUCGGGGGCCUCCCCCCGGUCUACCUCAGUGCCUUCCCCGGGCAGUGACUCAGGCACACAGCCUUGCCGCCAGCACGCCAAGAAGCCAUGUUUACAGUGUCACUCUCCAAGCCCCCUGGAGAGCAGCACCCCCCAGCGACAGGUAAAGAGGAAAAACCUAUCUGCCCACAGCGAGGAGGAGGAAGAGGAGGAUGAGGACGAGGAGAGGGGCCUGAGCCCUGCUUGCUGA